AUGUUUGCAUUACGUCAAUCUAGUAGAAGAAUUAUAAGGCCCGCAACUAGAUCGUUAUCUUUAUCUAGGGUCAUAUUCCAACAAGCUCCCAAGACAACAACAACAACAAAGACAGAUUCUCAAAUAACAACGGGGAAGACCGCAAGUAGUUUAGCUGAAGUUAAUGGACCUGAAACUUUAAUUGGUGUUGGUGCCAAAGAAGGUACUGUUCCAAGUGAUGUUGAACAAGCUACAGGUUUAGAGAGAUUGGAAUUGUUAGGUAAAUUAGAAGGUAUAGAAUUUUUCGAUACGAAACCAUUGGAUGCUUCUAGAAAGGGUACUAUGAAAGAUCCAAUCAUCAUUAAUUCUUAUGAUGAUUAUAGAUAUGUUGGGUGUACUGGUUCACCAGCUGGAUCUCAUACUAUUAUGUGGUUGAAACCAACUGUUGAAAAAGUUGCUAGAUGCUGGGAAUGUGGUUCUGUUUAUAAACUAAACCCAGUUGGUGUCCCAGAUCCAGACCACUCUCAUUAG